AUGGAUGCACCAAUCUCUUCACCUAGCGUGGCGCACCACAAACCGUCAACGCAAAGCUAUGCGCCGCCCCCGCCAGCAUCACAGAAGCCACCGAGCACUGACGCAUUCAUUCGGGACCUGAACCUCGUUGCGGAGGCUGCGAAGCGCGCGCAGAUGGCGGUGCUGAUGCGGGAUCUGGAGGGCAUUGGCAUCUAA